AUGGAGGGCUGGGGACUGAAGCUGCUGUGGGGGAACUGUGAUGCCCACGUGAAAGCUGCUGUGGGAUGGGAGUGUUGCUGUUUGAUGGAACUGAUGCUGGUUUAUAAAAGGAAAUCGAGUCCAAAGGACUCGGUUCCUAAGCCUGAAAAACGAUACCAUCCCAAGCUUUAUUGGUGGUUACGACCCACAUUUAAUAGGAUUUCCGAGUACCCAAUUCCCUCUGGCUUUUUUCCUUCACAUUAUUCCUACACAGCCGAUUCAUGCAAUGGCUUGGUGUGUUUCACUAAUCAUAAUGACCUUCCCACUAAUACUGGUGCUAUUUAUUUGUGGAACCCCAGCAUUAGAAAACUUAAGAGGUUGCCUGGUUUUUCCCAAACCCAAUAUCUUAGUUUUUGUACUGGAUUUGCUUAUCAGUCCAACACCAAUGACUUCAAGGUUGUUAAGAUCUCUCAAAUGCCUGGGAUGAAGACUGAGGCUGAGGUUUACACAUUGAGCUCCAACUCUUGGAGAAGGGUUGAAAUCUCAUUGGCAAACGCUGUUUUGGGCGUGGAUGUCGACAAUCAGACUGCCACAUUUGUUAGUGGAGCUUUGCAUUGGUUGGGAAAUGUUGUUGAAGGCGCAUCUCUUUUCAUGAUUUUGUCAUUUAAUGUCAAUAAUGAUAAAUUUGGAGAGAUAGCACUCCCUCAUGCACAACAACAACAGCUGCUACCACAAGGUGUAAUGGCAAAAAUAAAUCGUCUGAUGGUGUUCAAGGGGAAACUGGCUUUCAUUACAUUGGGUUACCUCAGAUUCGAAGACGCCAACUUAGACGAAUACAAUGGCUUUAUGACGUCGCAUACACCUCGUUCAUGCUUCAUAUGGGUGAUGGGGGAUCGUGGUGAACUGCUAGUUAUAAAGAAGCUUAAUCCUGAAUCCAACACUGAACGGAGGUUCACAGUUGUUUCGCUUGACCUUGAAACUUCACGUGAGAAGGAUCUUGGUUUCCAAAAAGUUCCAGAUAUAGCUACUACUUUUAUGGAAAGCCUUGUGUUACUUGAUGGAGCAACUGAGCUAUCUGGAUAA